AUGAGACACUUCACGACGACCGGUUUCGAGGAGGAGAAGAGGCACGGAAUCGUGUGUGCCCGCCACCACCGCUUUUCCCGUUGUUAUGAUGGUGUUGGCACGAGCGCCCGCCGCGUCAUGAUGUGUCCGAUCGUCUCGGAACGGAAGCGCGCUCUGCUGAACAUCACAGCGGACUUGGAUCUGGGGUUUGUUCCGCGUUUGUACGGAAACGGAAUCCGGAAUUUCCGAACAGGCUCCUAUUCUAACUAGGGAAUGAGGUAAGUCGGCCUUAUGGGUUGUGACAUACGUGAUUCGAUAGCUUAUACUAAGGGGAUCAAAUGUUCUGUUGAUCAUUCUUGCAAAACGCUUCUAGAAUUUGAGAAAAUCGCAUCUGAAACUGAAACUUCACAUGUUCCGUUUGGGACUCAUGUUUAGGACUCGUUUAGGACUCAUUUGUGACUCAUUUGUGUGUUGAAAUGUGUUCUGCAUUCUGCAUUGGGAAAAAGCGAAAACAACCGUUUUUGCAGCCUCUGCAUAGGCCUAUUAUUUUCCACCGCUUUUGCUUUUCCGCCUUGCUGCGCGCAUCGGCAGUUGCAUUAUUUGAACUGCCGCCAUAGUGUGCCUGCGCAUCUAACUUGCAGUCCGGCUACGGUAGCGUCUGCGUCUCGCCUCUCCACUCGCACGAUUUCCCGUCGACAGCCACCCGACGUCUUUCUGCCCGUCGUCCGCGCUCUUUAUAUUCUCGUGUACUCCUUGUCUCACUCCACGUUUUUGCCUCAUUUUCAGCCGCUUUUGCUGAAAAUAAUCAUCUUAUCCUUUACUUGUCUCUGUUUUCUCAGAAUUUUCUCAACAUUUUCUUCGUUUUUCAGUAACGACCAUGGAUCAGUUCCAAGCUUUGAUCGAGCCAGCUCGCCAAUUCUCGAAGGACUCGUUCCGUCUCGUCAAGAGGUGCACCAAGCCAGACAGAAAGGGUAGGCGUAUCGAUUUUGCUUUUUAAAGUUUUUAUCUCAAUCUUUUCCAGAGUACCAGAAGAUCGCCACGGCCACCGCCAUCGGAUUCGCCAUCAUGGGAUUCAUCGGCUUCUUCGUCAAGCUCAUCCACAUCCCAAUCAACAACAUCAUCGUCGGAGCCUAA